GACUAAGGCCUGACUACUCGAGUCACCAUUCCGUUCCUACGAGCAAUUUGACCACCGCUGUUUUCGAAAAUACAGCUUUUUCAUUUUCGAUGGCUCGGUCACCAGUGUCCAGUCUAGGUGAAAUUUUGAGAAAGGAUGGUUCAGUCACGAUGGUUGGGGUUCAGCGACCCAGAAGUCCAAAAAUGGUCGACAAAAGGUUUACGUUUGCGGGUGGAAAAACCGAAGAUUGGAACACUGUGUCAAAUGCCGUGACUGCUCUCUUUCAACGAAAGAAGUUAGCAAAAUUAGAAUUAAGCAGUCUGACAGAAAAGGUAAAAUCAGUUAAACUUGAAAUCGGUGGGCCCACGAUAUGCGAGUGGUUCAAGGAAUCGCUUGUAAAGGGUAUGAUUAUUCUACGCGAAGAUGUGAAAGACAAAAAUGGCGAAGUUCUUCUUGACAAGCUGGCUGAUAGUUGGACCUAUUUCUUCUGUACGAUAUUGCCAUUACUUCAAGCAAUUUUCUUUGAUAUACAGUCUCGCGAAGCCCAGUCUACAAGGUCUAUUGCCCUUUUAAACUUUCGAGAUGUUGUUGUGUUGAAAACCAAACUGGAAGAAGCGUUUGUUAUGGAUUUAACUGUUCCACCUAAAGUCGUACAGAUGUUGUUGAUUUUGCAGAGUGUGCACGAUGACCAGAAUAGCAGAAACUACAGAAAGCUGGAACAUCUUAUCUCUUAUACUGUGUCACCUUACUUAAGUUCAACAGGCUUGCAACCAAAACCGUUGAAACAAACUGUAGAAUCUACAGCAAGUAAAGAUGAAGAUUCACAAGAACCAAGUACUGUGACAGAAAAAGUAGCAGAAACUGUGAGACAAUCUAAUAAGAAACCUCGUCCCAUCAGUGUUGGGAACUCCUUGGAACUUCAGUCUAGGUAUUCGGCUGACAGACUUCAUGAGGCUGCGCUUCAAUCAGGACAAAACAGACGCUUUACGUAUACAUCUGAUUGUUUAACUGAUUCAUCUCGGAGUUCUGUGUUUGGCUCUAGCUCAUCUACUGUCACCUAGAGCUACUAUAAUGGUUUAAAGGACUCUUUGUCACCAGUCAGUUGACACAGGACGCACAGUGCCUACUGCAAUAGUCGUUGCAUCAGGCUUGAGUUUUACAGACUGAAGUUAAGACUUCAAGCUUGCUUGAGAGGCCUUUGUCUUCAUGUCGUGACAACUGACUCUUGCAGUUCUGUCUUAUGCCAGGGGGUAAUGAACAGGGACGGUGUGACCUGUCAUAGGUUAUAUCCUCCCGGAGAAGUGUCUAUUCACUUCAUGCAAUAAAACUCUCGAGAAAAGCAAAUUGAAGAUGGUCUCUUUGAGUGCUUUGUCCUUUAAAUUGAUCCUAAUCAUGUCAAAAAGUGAGCAAUUUGCAAAGAAUAUAUCACACAGGAAACUUGAUAAUUUAAGUUGUAUGUCAGUCACCACUUCUCAUGUAUACAGUUCACAGAACAACAUUUUCAGGCCCUUCAUGAAGCAAAUCAGAACAGUGUGAAAAUCAGAAUUAUCUUACUUGUGGACUGCAAUUGUGUCAUGAGUGAAAACUAAUCAGAUGUGAGAUAAAUCAAAUGCAAAUACUAACAGCAAUGAUCCCUGUGGCUGGAUUUAUCAUCUGGCAUUCUGAUUAAGCAAUAAAUUAUUCAAUAAAAAACCUUGCAUAACUUUGUCAUCCAAUGAAAAGUAAAACCAACUUCAACUGUAACUCACUAGACAUGUUUUCUCACACCUUGUGUCAGCUACGUGUUUUUUCUUUGAGUUUUGAUUGGUUCACUGGAUUGUGAUUGGCCAGAUUUGUCGGAUUUGGGGUGAAUGAAGUGAUUGUGGUAGAAAAAUCAGAUAUCCUUUAAGACAGCUAUGGUAUUUAUACAUCACUGAACUCUCUAAGGAAAAGUGCACUCCAGCCUUUCCACUCCUGUCUCAAACUACAUGGUAGAGUUUCUUUGACACAGGGGCGGAUCUAGGGGGGGGGGGGGGGGG